AUGCGCGGCGGCCUCGCCGUCGCCUUUUCGGGCGUGUCGCUCGCCGCGACGGUCGACGCCUCGAGCCCGGCGAUCAAGACCGUCGCGAACUCGAACCCCGUCGGCGGCGUCGUCGCCGCCGUGCUCGCCGGCCGCCGCGCGCGCAAGGGCGGCCGGCCCCUCCGGAAGACCUUCUACGUGCUCAAGGAUUUGAAGGGGACGCUGGCCCCGUCGACGUCGACGCUCGUCCUCGGCCCGCCCGGCUCGUCGAAGACGUCGUUCCUCAAGCUCGUCGCGGGCCGCCUCCGGCCGUCCGGCGACGUCCGCCUCGCGGGGACCGUGACCUACAACGGCAUCGACGCCCGGCCCUUCAUGCCCGCGAAGGUCGCGACGUUCGUGUCCCAGAUCGACCAGCACGCGCCGUGCAUCCCGGUGCGGGAGACGCUGCGCUUCGCCUUCGAGACGCAGGCGCCCGACGCCGCGCGGCCCCGCGGCGGCGUCCGCAUGCCCUUCCAGAAGCUGCUCGCGAACAAGGUCGACGCGAUCAUGAAGGUCUUCGGCAUCGACCACGUCGCGGACACGAUCGUCGGCGACGCGCUGCGCCGCGGCGUCUCGGGCGGCCAGCGGCGGCGCGUCACCGUCGCCGAGAUGGUCAUGGGCGCGCACCGCCUCAUCUGCGGCGACGAGAUCACGACGGGCCUCGACUCGCAGACGGCCUACGAGCUCGUCCACGCCAUCGCGGCCGCGUCCAAGGUCUUCCGGAAGACGUCGGUGCUGAGCCUCCUCCAGCCGCCGCCGGAGGUCUUCGACUGCUUCGACGCGCUCGUCCUCCUCGACUCCGGCCGCGUCAUCUACCACGGCCCGCCCGAGGCGGCGACGGCCUACUUUGGCGCGCUGGGCUUCGUCGUGCCCCGCCGCAAGGACGCGGCGGAUUUCCUCGUCGAGGUGCCGACGACGGUCGGCCGGUCCUACCUGGCCGCGGGCGCGGCGGCCGCGCCGCACACGGCGGACGAAUUCCUCGCGACCUUCGAGGCGUCGUCGGCGCGCGCGGCGCUCGACGCGCUCGCGGGGGAGCCCGCGGACCUCGCGCCCGACGACUGGUCCCGCGGCGAGCGGUUGGCCUUCGAGCGGCCCCUGGCCUACUACGCCGGCCUCUGCGCGCGGAAGUACCGCGAAGUCCGGGGCGACCCGGCCAUGUACGUCUCCAAGGUCGUGUCGACGACGAUCGUCGGCUUCGCGACGGGCACGGUCUUCCGGGGCGUCGCCUACGACGACUUCGCCACGAAGUACGGCCUCGCGUUCAGCGCCGUCGUCACGAUCGGCCUCGGCGGCAUGUCGAGCAUCGCGGGCCUCAUCGACCGCCGCGCGACGUUCUACAAGCAGCGCGACGCCUUCUUCUUCCCGACGCUCGCCUACAACCUCGCGGAGAUCUGCGUCGACCUGCCGAUCGUGUUGCUAGAAGCCCUCGUCUACGCGAACGCCGUCUACUGGUUCGUCGGCUUCACGGCGUCGGCGUUCCCCGCGUUCUUCCUCGUCGUCUUCCUCGUGUCGCUGUCCAUGCGCCAGCUCUUCGCGACCUUCGCGGCCGUCAUGCCCAGCGCGGCCGCGGCGCAGCCGGCCGCGGGGCUCACGGUCGUGCUCUGCGUCCUGUUCUCGGGCUUUGUGAUCGCGCGCGACAACAUCCCGGUCUACUGGCUCUUCUUCUACUGGUUCUCGCCCGUGGCCUGGGGGCUGCGGGCCGUGCUCGUCAACGAGUUCCGGUCGUCGACCUACGACAAGUCGACGCCGGACGUCCUCGUCAAGCUGGGCUGCGACCCGGAGGACACGGACGGCGUCUGCUUCCUCUCCCAGUUCGACUUCCAGCACAACCGCGCCUGGGUCACGCUCGGCGUCGGGGUGCUGGCCGGCUAUUUCCUGGUCUUCGCCGUCGCGUCGACCGUCGCGCUCGACACGAUCCGCCACGGGUCCGCGGGCGCGCCGUCGUCCGGCGACGACGACGACACGCGCGCGCGGAACUCCUCGACCGUCGUGCCCGAGACCGUGGACGCCGUCGCGUCGUCGCUGCCCUUCGAGCCGGCGACGCUGAGCUUCCACGACGUCCACUACUUCGUGCCCGUGCCCAAGUCGAGCGACCGCGCCGCGCCGGACCGGCUCGAGCUGCUGGACGGCGUGUCCGCGUUCUGCAAGCCCGGCGACAUGACGGCGCUCAUGGGCUCAUUUGAUUUCCACACAGGCGCGGGCAAGACGACGCUGCUCGACGUGCUCGCGGGGCGGAAGACGGGCGGCUGGAUCACGGGGAACAUCUCCCUCAACGGCCGGCCGAAGGACCAAAAGCUCUGGGUCCGGGUCUCGGGCUACGUGGAGCAGCUCGACGUCCACAGCCCCGGCGCGACGGUCGCGGAGGCCGUCGACUUCUCCGCGCAGCUCCGGCUGCCGCAGUCGACGGCGCCCAAACAGCGGUCCGCCUACGUGCGGGACAUUUUGGACCUCCUCGAGCUCGGGCCCGUGGCGCGGCGGCUCGUCGGGUCCAUCGCCGAGGGCGGCCUGAGCUUCGAGCAGCGCAAGCGCCUCACGAUGGCCGUCGAGAUGGCCGCGAAUCCCGCGGUGCUCUUCUUGGACGAGCCGACGUCCGGUCUGGACAGCCGCGCGGCGCUCGUCGUCAUCCGCGCGGUCGCCAACGUCGCGAAGACGAACCGGUCCGUCAUCUGCACGAUCCACCAGCCGUCGGCGGCGCUCUUCCUCGCCUUCGACCGGCUCCUGCUGCUCAAGAAGGGCGGCAAGAUGGUCUACUUCGGCGAGCUCGGCGAGGACUGCGCGGCGCUCGUGUCCUACCUCUCCGACGCCGCGACGUCGCUCGGCGCGGGCCUGCCGCCGCUCGCCGAGGGCCAGAACCCGGCGACGUGGAUGCUCACCGCCGCCGUCGACCCGGACGCGGACUUCGCCGAUUUCUACAAGUUCUCGCCCCUGGCCAAGGCCAACGAGGCCGAGGCGCCGCUCCUCGACGGCGACGCGCCGCCGCCGGACGCGGAGCCGGGCCCGUCGAUGGCGACGGAGUUCCUGAUCCUGUCGAAGAAGAUGGCCAUCACGUACUGGCGGUCGCCGGCGUACAACGUCGCGCGCCUCAUGGUUUCCGUCAUCGUGAGCGUCUUCUUCGGCUCCUGCUACACGGCUAAGAUCACGGACGUCAACGGCGCGCUCGGCCGCUCGGGCCUGCUCUUCGUGUCGACGUACUUCAUGGGCGUCAUCUACAUGGUCACGGGCAUGCCGCUCGUCGCCGCGGAGCGCGCGGCGUUCUACCGGGAGCAGUCGUCGUCCAUGUACCGGCCCCUGCCCUACGCCAUGGCCUACGUGCUCGUGGAGAUCCCCUACCUCGUCGUCUACUCGUUCAUCUUCUGCGGGGUCCUCUUCGGCAUCGUGGACAUGUACGGCGGCUACGAAAAGUUUCUGUGGUACGUGGCCAUCUACAUGGGCUACGUGUCCUUCAUGUGCUUCUUCGGCCAGUUUCUCGUGGUCGCGCUGCCGGACGAGGCCUCGGCGCAGGCCAUCGGGCCGUCGGUGUCGUCGCUGUUCUCCCUCUUCUCCGGCUUCGUCAUCGCCCCCGCGAAGAUGCCGAGCUUCUGGAUGUUCAUGUACUGGAUCUCGCCCUGCCACUACUUCUUCGAGGGCCUCGUCGUGACGCAGUUCCACGGCGUCUCCAAGGAGGUCGUCGUCGGCGCGAUCCCCACGCCGGCCGGCCCCGUGCCCGUCGAGGUGUCGCUGUCGACGCUCCUCACGGGCAAGGGGCCCUUCUCGAAAUUCAACGGCGAGUUCCUCUGGGAGCACCGCUGGACGGACCUCAUCUUCCUCUUCGCCAUGGUCGCCGCGCUGCGGAUCCUCUCCACGUUCUUCCUCGCCUUCGUCAAGUACAAGACCGUCUAG